AUGGCUGAAAAUACCAUUCAUAGCCUCACAAGCACGUUGACGUCGACACAGUCUCUUCCGCUAUCUGAGCAACAUGUAGCCAGCAGUCAACCUACGAACACCGAGUCGGUGUCCCCCAUUCAGCCUGUGCAGUUCCCUCAUCAGGCCCCCAUCGAUGCAAAUGCUCCUCCCGUGCCUCUCAAUGGGGCUCCAAACGGAACAGCCAUCGUGUUGAACCCCGAUGGAACCACCACCGAGGCACCCGUCAAGCGAAGACCUGGACGUCCGAAGGGCAGUGGGAAGAAGCAGCUCGAUCCCAGCGCUGAGCCAAAGGUCAAAAGGCCUGUGGGACGUCCUAGGAAAGAUGGUCUGCCGGCAGGAUCAGUAGGUCCGCGACGAGCGGCUCGACCGCGGAAACGUCCUCCAGGUUCGUUUGCGAGUGUGUCACAAUCUGUGUCGGCAUCGGCAGUAUUCCCAUACCCAUCUCCAUUCAACUUCGUCUCCAGUGAGCCAACUCAAACCCAGUGGCGUGCUUCUAUGCCACCCAUGGGCUCGUUAUCUCGUGGUCGUCCUCCCGCUCAGCUGGCGUUUCCCAUUGACCCUAGCCUUGAUAGAGACAAUUGGGCUGAGCUCUCGCGCACGCGCCCGGAUGUCUUCUUGCAAACGCUAGUCUCUGCUCUUACUAUGCCCAACCCCAUUUCAGCUGGAGGACCAACCGUCGAAGAGGCUUUCAAGUCACAUCUCAUUUCACUGGCUCCUGCAAGCAAGAACACGCCAUCAAUUCCAACAUUGUAUUCUAUCCUGAAGACGUUCUGGCUCCCAUCGUCUCCUGUGUAUUUUUCUUUGACGGCUUCCGCGUCGACUGCUCGUACACCGUCCGAUCACCGAUUCUUGUAUUGGGACCCUCAGCCUCUUGUGUUUAAUGGGAUCGCCUGCCCUGCAUGUUCUGCGCCACUGAUUAACCGUGGCCGUAUCAGCUCUGGCCCAAUUAAAGUAUAUGAUCUUGGGAAGCCCUUCUUCGUCAUCGGCUGUGAAUAUGUGUGCAGGAGUCCUAUAUGUAUCGCAGGAACAUCGCCGGACGGCCGUAGGUUUGCAAGCACGGAUACGUCUAUUCUGCGUGCAUUGCCUCCGAAGCUGAAGGACGAGUUCUCGGCGCAUCUGUUGCAGGGGAAUCCCGACCUUGGUAGCGGACCAGAGGUCUGGAACUGGCACGGAAUGGGCGUCUCAGUUGCUCUCUGGAACAUGGUCAGGGCAAGUCUGAAGGCAGGAUUGAGGAAGGAUGCUAUCGUCGAUAUCAUUCGGGCUAUCCAAUCCGGAGUUCCCGAAGACGAUGCGGUACAGAUAGUAUCAGAGGCCGUGCCCGGAGAAGAGGAGGAAGAGGAGGAGGAGGAAGAAGAGGAUGAGGAGGAUGACGCGGCUCAGGUCGAAGGCAACUUACACUUUCCCAAGGAUGCAACAGAAGAGUUUAACGAAGCUUGGAACGCUAACAGUGGCGCAGUGGGAACCGAUGGUGUUGAGACCGAAGCGGGACCUAGCACCGUUGUCGGCGCGACCGAAAGUCCUGCUCAUCCAGCGAUCAGUCCGGACCCUAACCGACCACCACAACCGCCGCCGCAGUACGCUCAAUAUCAGCCGCCUUACCCCCCAUACGCGUAUGCCCCUUACCCAUAUUUUCACCCGCCCCCCAUGCAGCAUGACCCCAACGCUCCAAACCCCAAUUUACUAAAGCGCACGUUCUCCAUAGUCGAUGGCUCACCCGACCAGAAUCUGUCCGAGCCAAUGCAGAAGCGGAUUCGCCACUGCUGCAAGUGCGGCUCGAACGAGUGCAAGGGCAAGGGUGGACGAGCGUUCUGUACGAACCCGUGUCAGGAUUGUGGGAAGUUCGACUGCAGGGGACGAAACAGCAAGCGUCCCGAUAGGACGUGCACGGAUGCUUGGCCGGCGUCGUAA